UCUCUUACGUGGACACAACGUGAUCAUGUUUCUUUCUUUCAUGCUGUAAUCUGCACUGGAAAAUUCCUGUGGAAAAACGGGUCGGUUCUGUGAAGUCACACACAGUCGUGUCAAGGUGGAUUGAUAUCGAGUCGUCGAGAAACAUGGCGUGUAGGAGAACGUUACAGAUGUGUGGGUCGGGACUGUUGAGGAGAUUUGGCCGCCAGCAACAGCUACGACACUCCAGAUCAUACGGCAGGGAUGUCGCCAUCAUCGGCGCGCCAUUCAAGAAGGGACAGAGGUUGGCCGGGGUUGAGCAGGGACCCAGAGUGAUGAGAGAAGCAGGAUUGAUUGAGAAAAUCAGAGAACUCGGCCACAAUGUGGAAGACAGAGGCGACCUCAACUUUGAAGUUUUUAAAGACGACCCGAGGAACUAUGUUCUCAACCCCAAAGCUGUGGGCGCUGCAACUAAGAAGGUAUCAGCAGCAGUGGAGCAGGCAGUACGGGACAACAAGUUGACAGUGACGUUGGGAGGGGACCACAGCAUAUCCAUCGGGACGAUCCACGGCCAUGCACAAGCCGAGCCCAACCUGUGUCUCCUUUGGAUCGACGCCCACGCUGACAUCAACACCCCACUCACCACGCCAAGUGGCAACAUCCACGGCACACCGCUGUCCUUCCUGGUCAAUCAGCUGAAAGACACAAUUCCGUGGACAGCCUUGUCACCAUUUGAUUGGCUGAAACCAUGCCUCAACAUCACAGACAUUGCCUUUGUAGGUCUGCGUGACCUGGAUCCAGGUGAACGCUACAUUCUGCAAAAGUUCAACAUCACCAGUUUCUCUAUCCAUGAGGUGGACAGAUAUGGCAUCCAUGAGGUUAUCGCCAGGUCAUUGGAUGCUGUUAACCCAAAAGGGGACCGACCAAUCCACAUGAGUUUCGACAUCGACUCUGUUGAUCCUGCCGUCACUGGUGCCACAGGAACUCCUGUACCGGGUGGUCUGACCUUCCGAGAGGGGAUGUUCAUUGCUGAGCACGUGUACAGGACAGGUCUACUCUCAGCCCUUGACCUUGUAGAGGUCAACCCAGAGGUCGGAAGUCGUCAGGACAAGGCCAAUACCGUCAUGACAGCAGUGGAGGUUCUGACAGCGUGUUUGGGGAAGAAGAGGGAGGGUAACCUACAGCCGGGGUACCAGCUCCCCUUGCCUUAGGGUCGUCAACCGUUUCUACUCCAUUUCCUUCCUCUUAACAUACUUUGGAAGAGACCACUUGUAACUGCAGUUCACCUUUAUCUACGGGGUAGCCUAUAUCCAUUGUUUUCAAAAUGGAUAUGUAUUUUCAAAUUGUAAUACAUUGUACUUUCAAAAUGUUGCCAUUUGGAACCACUGUCCCUAGACUUGAUAUGCCUUAGGUAACAACAUAUCAGGGCUGUCUCCUCCAGGACCCAUCUUUCCACCUCAGGGCGGAAAUUUGCUUGUUGGACAGAAAAUACAUCCAAAAAUACACCAAAAAUACAUCUGGAAAUCCAUCUGAAAAAUGACAUCAAACUGUUGAAAAUGUACUUCAAUAAGCUUAAAAUGACAUAUCUAAGCAGGAAAAUAAACAACACAUGGGCUCCCAAACAAUGAGUAGGACAGAAAAAAAUGUUAAGCUGGAGACAGCCCUGCAACAGAUACAGGUCACAACGCAAAUAAAGGUGAACUUUCAGUGUUAACUUCUCCCUGCUACCUAACCCCAUCACCAAUACAAAUUUGGUGCCAAACAGCUACCUUAGCAGGCUGAGGGUUAAGGUGUAACAUUAAAAGAAACAACAUUAUUUUGAAGUGUCCUCAUGAGAAGAUGAUAACGGUGUAACUAUACUGUACAUGGUAUCAUCCAAAGGAUUAUAGCAAUUUAACAUCGAUAGUCAGAAAGCUGUGGUGGUGUAUGUUCCAUGUCUGUCUGUGUAGAAUGCUGUGGAAUAGGUGAUCUUAAUACUGAAGAACUAUAUAUAUUUUAGACACGAAGUCCCUAAAGGUGAUAGUGGGUUUGUGAUAUUUUUAUGGGUUCAUUGAGCCUGGUUCAUUGGACUGUAAUGCUGUUCACCUUUAUCAAUGGAGGUAUAGCCGAAUAUAAAAACCGGGUGUUUAGGGAUAUUCAAGUGGAUGGACGAUGGUUUGAAACUGCAAUAUUUUCAAAUUGUUGCAGUUUAAAACAACCAUCCGUCUUCUUGACGUCCCUAAAUACCCAGCUUUUAAAUACUACUGAUAUUGGUUACCCCACGGAUAAACGUGAUCUGGCAUUAUAGAAAAGUCUGAAUAUUGAGAAAAUUUUCAUUGUCAUGUAAAGAGUAUUCACACUAAAUUUUAUAAUACUGAUUAAUGUUAAACAGAACAGGUAACAGUCUCUUUCAAGGUGAGGCCACAACAAUUUUUUCCUUGGUUUUCCAUACCUCAAGAAGUCCAGCAAGAGGACAACAUGAAAACAAAGGACUGGGAGGAGAAUCUCACUACUAUAAAAUGUAGUAUUUUUGCCUUUUGAAAAUUUUUGUACAAGCAUUCCUCUGAGAAUCUAUUUUCAUGUUGAUCUUCCAGGUCAGCAUGUUUUAAAAAUUAAGGACCAACAGAUUGAAUUGGAGUGGCCUGGAGUGCAUGUACCAGGUUCUCGAGUUUGGUAGUAACACCUACUUGGGUGGGUGUGCUGUCCCUCUCUGCUCAGAUAUGCUUACGAGGGAAUUUUCUGAUUAGUUUGCAAGAUGGUGCAUUUCAUAGAAAUUUGAACUUGUGCUUCCCUUAUUGUGGUCAGAUGCAAAUAACAUUACAUGUAUGAUGCUGAUCACGUAUUAUCCUUUGUUGUAUUGUAUGUGGCUUCGAUAGCAGAGUGGUUUGGCUAACGGACAAAGAAUCAAGAAGUCCAGGCUCUAGGACCUUUGCCUUUUUUAUGCCCUUGAGUUGCUUUUGUGAGGGCCUUGUUACAUAGCUGUUGUUAAGUUUACUGCUGCUUGAGUGCAAUGAAGCAAUUUUAUGUUGUAAUUUUGAUGUUGCCAUCAUCACUAGAGUAACGUUAUAGUAUGUUUUAGGGAACAGUGCAGUAUAGAGGUAUUGUGCUGCUUUUGUUUGCAAGUGAACAAAAGCAGUUCAUUAUUCCUUAUAACCACACAGAAUUGUGAUUGUAAAACAAACAAAGCAUGAAAAGAUUUGUUUAUCGAUGAAAUUUGUUGAGCACUCUAUGAAAUUGUUCAGACACAGUGACAAUGGCAAUGUGGUAGCUUUGGUGAGACACCUGUUUAGUGCUAGCAAAAUGCUGAAGGAUGGUACACAGGGUAAGGCUUCACUCUGAUAUAUACUAUCUCUUUCUUUUCUUUUAAUGACUGAUUUAUAAGCGCACCCUUAAUGCUUAAUUUGCUUAUUUUCUAUGAAAACUAAAAAGAGAUCUGCCUGCCAUGAGACCAAGAACAAGAAAGCUUCUCAUGCUUAGACAUAUAACGUUAUAAGUUUAAAUGAAGACAAUUGACACUAGUUUCUUUUAGGUACUGGUGCAUAUAUAAGGAUUUGGUUUACAUUGAAUGUAGACUGUCAUUUUGGUGCAUUUUCUGGUCAGAAUUAAAUUGGAUGUAAAAGUUU